GUCAGAUACGGGGAGGAGUCUCUCACUGACAGAGUGCCUACUGAGUUUGUCAGCUCCCUAAAAUAGCAGUUCGUGUGUAAAUGUGACUGAAAUUACGUUUUUCACACUGUAGACUAUGCAUUGGAGCCUCUGAUAUCUAGUAUCUAUAUACAACGAGGGACUUGACAAGGAAUUUCUUUUUCUCAAGGAGGAGAAAGCAGCAGGAAGCUUUGAAGGCUGAAGGAAGAGACUGACAGGAGUUGGAUAUUCUUGGUCCAAUAAAGAGGAUAUCACUACUUUGAUAGUUGGAUUGUGCCGUGGUCACGCGAAGGAUAGUGCGAGACAGAGAAAAGAGAGAGAGAAGAGAGAAGAGAGAGUGUUGUACGAUGUGCUUGGAGUAAAGGAAAGAAGACGAGCUCGGUUGUUUUUCUGAUAUUCUUGCGGUGUCAGAGAGACCGAACAGGACGUAGAGAUGGGACGGAAGAAGAUACAGAUCACGAGGAUCAUGGAUGAGAGGAACAGGCAGGUUACCUUCACGAAGAGGAAGUUCGGGCUAAUGAAGAAGGCCUAUGAGCUCAGCGUUCUAUGUGACUGUGAGAUAGCCCUGAUCAUAUUCAACAGCUCAAAUAAACUCUUUCAGUAUGCGAGCACAGACAUGGACAAAGUCCUGCUCAAAUACACCGAGUACAAUGAGCCCCACGAGAGCAGAACCAACUCUGACAUUGUCGAGAAAUUAAGAAACAAAGGCCAUAAUGACCUGUGUGCCAGUCCUGAUCCAGAUGACUGUUUUGGGCACAGCCCCCUCAUGGACGACCGUUUCGGCAAACUAAGCGAAGAGAGUGAUUUAAUGUACAAGCGCUGUGGUCCCACAGCGCUGCCCCAGCAGAACUUCUCCAUGCAUGUGGCAGUGCCUGUCUCCAAUCAGAACACCAUGCCCUACAACCAAGGAGGUCCCAUGGGCAGCCAGGCCCUGGUCCAGGCCACAGCCUCUCUGAAUGACAGUGGGAUGCUCUCUCCCCCUCAGGCCUCCUUACACAGGAACAUGGGCUCGAGCGGGAGCCAGCAAAGGCCCCCUAGUCAAGGCAAUGCUGGGAACGGCUUCGUCAAUCCCAGGGGCUCUCCGGGACUCCUGGGCACAGCCAGCGGGAAUGGCCUGGGGAAAGUCAUGCCCACCAAGUCUCCACCGCCCCCUGGAGGGAACAUGGGCAUGGGCAACCGCAAGCCAGAUCUGAGAGUCGUGAUCCCCCCUUCAUCCAAAGGCAUGAUGCCUCCACUGUCGGAGGAAGAGGAAAUGGAUUUGAACACCCAAAGGAUAAGCAGCUCCCAGUCCCAGCCACUGGCCACCCCAGUAGUGUCGGUCUCCACCCCCAGUCUGGCCCCCCAAGGUCUGGUCUACUCAGGCAUGCCCAGCGGCUACAACACUGAGUACUCCCUGAGCAGUGCAGAGAUCUCCUCUCUACAGGGCUUCGGCUCUCCGGGGCUCUCUCUGGGCUCUAUGUCGGCAUGGCAACAGCAUCAACUGGGCCAGGCAGCUCUUAGCUCUUUGGUGGGAGGCAGUCACCUACCCCAGGGCUCCAACCUCUCUAUCAACACCAGCCAGAACAUCAACAUCAAGUCAGAGCCCAUCUCUCCACCACGGGAGCGCGUCACCACCUCAGGCUUCCCCCAGCAGCAGCAAGCAUCCAGCCGGCAGGACCUGGGCCGCUCGCCAGUGGACAGCCUCAGUUCCUCCUGCAGCUCUUACGACGGCAGUGACCGCGAGGACCACAGGCCAGACUUCCACUCCUCGUCCAUGGGGCUGGGCAGACCCCCAGCCAGCACCGAGGACAACAGGGAGAGCCCCUCUGUCAAGCGCAUGCGCAUGGACACCUGGGUGACAUAGAACCUCCCGGCCAGGCCUCCAGUCACCAGCUAGUCAGAUGAAGGGAGGAAGAGGGCAGACGCGGUGGAGAUAUGGAGAGGUUCGGAAAGGUCCUUAUAGUUAUCAUUAUAAUAUUAUUAUUUAACUCCAUUUCAUUUUGUAAGAAUGGUAAAUAACUAAGGUGUCAGGACAGAUCUAAAUUAAAUGGAAAGUAGUUGGUCUAAAUGAUGUUCACAGACAGAUGUUAUCAGGUACUUGAUUGUUUGCAGGAGUCCGAUGUCAAAAAAAAAGAAAUACCCAAAAUAGAUUAGUCACUGGUCUAGUCUGGCACUUGUAGUUGCUGUUUUUUGCUGUUGUGGUUCCAAAUGACAAACAAUCAAAGAAAGUCAGAGAGAUGCAUAGCAACCGCGGAGCCCUGCCUGUGGCGUCCAGUGUUCAAGCUUUUGUUUUACAACGUGGCCAAACCUCAUACACCUUUAAUCUCAUCAAACGAAAUAUGUCUCUAAAUUUGUCACUUCUAUUAACUUAUUAAAUACAUUUAUGUGAAAUCAAAUUUUAAAACUAUCAUCUUCAGAGACAACCUGUUUUUUUUUUUUUACGUAGCUUUCCUCUAAAUAAAGAUUUAAUCGCCAUUGAAAUUCUACACACCUCAUCACAGGCUUUACAUUUGUUGCCAUAACAUUACAAAAUACAACCUACUCAACAUUUUCAAAGUGAAAAAGAAAGAGUUCUAAAAUAUUAAUAUGAUAAACAUGCAUGAGAAGGUUUGAAUAUUAUAUCAAUUAUUCAUAGAAAUGUAAUAAAAACAGUAGAUAUCUAGGACAACUUGAGAUAUCUUAACAUGUGCGAAGUUGGUAGAAUACUUUACAAUAUGAUCACUUUUUCACUUUGAGUUGAGUAGAUGAAUUGUGUAGAUAUGUAAAGAUUUUUUUCUAAGUAGUUGUAAGGCAGCAAAAUGUGAUGACUGAAAAGGUGUGUGGACUUUCAAUAGGUACUUUAUAUUAUAUGGAAAAGACUUAAAUGCAGAAUUGUUCAGUUAAUUUAGGAAGUUCUCAUUGCUCCAACAGUUAAUUGGUAAUGUAAGCCAAAGCUCUACUGUAUGAUUCUUUUCGUUAUUUUGCAGCUACGGUUUCCAUUGAAUUAAAAAAACAAACAUUUUCAUCUUUGUUUUUAUUGUGGUUUAUUACAAAUAAUAUAAAGUCAUGAAAGACAGAUCUUGAAUCAAAAUCUAAAGCCAUGAACAUUUUCUGUUGGGUUAUAAAAUGAAAAAUUUAGCCAAACUUUUGUUUUGUUAUGUAAAAGCAAACUUUAAUAUAUAUCACCUUGGUGUAACUACGUAUGUAAUGUACCAUCUCGAGAUUCCAGAAAAGGGUAUAUUUUUGUGGAUUGCAGCCAUGUUUACAGGGCGAGAUCCUUCCUAAUAAGUAGAGUAUUCACUGGUUAAUAUUUACUAUUUUGUUAAUUAUACUGUACUUUCUUCAAAUUUGAAUUAUUACUGUUAUCAAAUUGGUUUUAUUUCCAGAGUUUUUUUGGGUCGUUUUCCCUUUAAUAGUGGUAAAUGUCUGUCCUUAAGUAAUUGUAAUAACAGUGAUGUAAGGUUACAAUUCCACUAUAAUGUAUGUUGUGAAGGAUUAUCACCAUGCUAAGGAAAACAUAGUUCCCUCCAUUUUGUUAACAGUUUACCUGCAGCUGCUGAAUACACUGCCAACUUUCAAACCUAAGGUACCAUCUCAGCAUUGAAAGAAAUGUAAUUGUAAUUGACCUUACCUCAAUUGAAAGACAUGCCAUUUCAUGAACCAUGCCAAAAAACCUAUUUAGAGUUAGUUAUCCAUUUAUUGAUCGCUCUCUGGUAAAUGAUUCAUACUUAUGAAUACAUUUUAAACAUUUUGUAAAUAUCAUAGCCUCAAAGUAAAUCUCAGUUACGGUUAUGUAUAACAUUUAUCAGUAUUAUAAAUUGUUUGCGCCCUAUCAGUUGUAGAGAAUGAAUACUGGUAACUGAAAUCCUGGCGUCAUAAGCAGGGUGUAGUACUUAGAGGAGGGGCCGCAUCCAUUUUCUGUUUCACUGUUGUGUGUUUGCCUGUGUGAGCAUAUCAGACCAUGCAAAGAGUCCUUUUCUGUUACAGGCUUGCAUUAUGCACCAUCCCCAACGGUGGCAAAGUAUCAGAGGAUUCAGCAGCUAAAACGUAGACAAUGCAACAGAAUAAACUUGAUCCCACACUGCUGGAUUGCACACAUUUGUAUGGUUUGCUCUACAAAAGGAGUAUCUCUUUACAUUUGCUAUAUUUCCCCUUGUGUGUUUCUCCUCCACACCUACCUCCAACCCUUCAUUUGAUCCAUGGCAGUUGGCAGUAGGCCAAUUGUGAUCUAUGCAGUUCACAACUCAUACUCUGCCCAGGCGCAGCCUUUAAAAAAAAAAAAAAAACAUCACUUAAAAUGUCCAUUCUAUUAUUAGGUGUUAUUGCAUGUCCCAUAUACUACAACCCACAGUACUAAAAUGAAGAUUUGAGAAGGUGAUGAUGUAGAGACUACGUGCUUUGUGGCCUGCAGGCCUUUUAUAUGACUGUUAACCUCUAGUCCUUAAGUGCCACUGCAGAGCUGGACAGUCAGAAUAUAGCACAAACUGAAUUCAUAUAUACCUUAUUGAACAGACAUGAUUUUCCACUUGACAAUUCAGAUUUAUUUUAGACAUGCAUAAGAAACAGAUUUCAGGUUACAGAACAGCAAUAAAACCAUUGCACUAUUCGAACAAGCCAGUAGCAGUCUUUUUUUCAUAGCAUCAUCACACAAUUACAUGCACAAUUUAGCACUUGAUAGGGUAUCAGGGAUUUUUUGUAGAUUCAUUGUUUAUAUGCAUGGUUAUAAAAUAACCUUAUCCCAAAGAAUUACUCUGUUAUAAAUCAAGAAAAGCCUCACAUUGCUCUAAACUGAUGCCCCAUAGGUAAACAAGUUUACAGGAAGCUGACAAAUAGUACAUUACAGUACAGAGACUGGCUACUCUUGAAAUCAGAUUCACACAAGGAAUGUAUAGAGAAUUUAAAGGGAUACACUUGCUCUUUUGGUGAAAACAUGCACAAUUGUUGAAUGUUAAAGAACAGGAUUUAAGGAAACAAUGGAACUUUGUGGAAAGAACUUUCUUAACUUUGAUGUGCAAGAGUACACUGCUUCGCUUUAUGGCUUUUAUAAACAGAACUGUGUAUUAGGUAACAGUUUGUAGUUAAUAGUUCACUUUAAGAAGCUGUUUGCGGUUUGGAUGCUCAAACUGUUUGGCGGCACAAGCUGGACUUUGUUGCCAUGAAUGAAACAAAAUGUUUCAAAAUCAAGAGAGAAGUUAAUUUGCAUUUUAUUUCCAUUGAAUGUGAUGUUUUAUCUUCAUUAUACAGUACAAUAAAUAUUCUAGUGAACUUUUUAUUGAGUAACUAAGAUACCAUGGUAGAGAUUGUUGUACAAAUUUGUAUUCUUCAUUCACUAAAGUACUUUACUGUGUAUUUUAGGUUAUUUCGCUUAUUCUGUGUACAAUGAAGUGAACAACUCUCUUACCUAGAUUCUGUCCACCUGUAAAGUCCCAAAUAAUAGACUGUCAGCUUUAUUAAACACAUCAAUGUAUGCUCAAA